AUGGCGCAGUACCUUCCUGGGAAUUCGCUGGUGACAGAUCGCCACUGGGAGACACCACAUUUAAGCACCAGACUAUUACUUACCAGUAGAAAGUUUGUGCAGCCCAUUAUGCUGUCCGGGUUAAUUGGAGCUGUGACUAGGAAGAUCAAGAUGAGAAACGAAGAAGAAAAGGCUCCUAUCUACGAGAAGCUCGCUUCUACUUCUUCACGGCUUGAUACCACGAGCAAGGCGGAAGAUGACGACGAGGCUACUGCAUCAUGGGCGUCAAUGCCAAAGAAGUGGCAGCUGGCUAUCAUAGUAUUCUCCUGGUUUUGGGAGAAUGUGGCCAUGAGCAGCCGAGAUACCUACAUUCUCUUCCAGCUUAAGACGUUCAAACUCCCCGAUGGUUCCGUGCCCGGGGCAGCAAGCCUGGCAUUCCAGGUCUCCCUCUUAAGCGUGGCAAUCGCUAUCCCGGAGCUCUUCCUCUCGACUGUCUGGGGGAUACUGGCCGAUUCACCCCGUGUAGGUCGCAAGCUGGUUCUGCUAGCGAGUCUUUUUACAACUGGUGUCUCCUGGCUAGCUCUUGCAUUCUCUACUAGCUUGCCGGUGGUUGUUGCAUGCCAUAUUCUGAUCGGCCUGGCAAACAACAAGAUUGCUGUGAUGAGAACUAUUAUCAGGGAUAUCAGCGGGGAGAAGUUCGAGUCACGAGCAAUAUUGCUGAUGCCAACUGCUUUCAAUCUUGGAUCCACGCUCGGCCCUCUGUUAGGUGGAAUACUCAGUGAUCCUGUUAGGAUGUACCCAAAUGCGUUCGUUGCCGGAAGUUCUAUAACGCGGCUAUUGGAGAGAUGGCCGUAUGCUUUACCGAACAUGAUAAACGGCAUAGCCAUGAUCCUCUGCGGGAUAUUGACAGUCUUCCAGCUUGAAGAGACAUACAAAGGCAAAGGGCAGCAGUCCUUGUCUGUUGUUCCUGGCUGGGCUAAGAAACUAGGUAGACAGUGGUCCUGGACAGGAUAUGAAAAGGUCGCUACCGAAGAGAACGACCGCAUCGAGAAGACUGGUCAAGGAGAAGGAGAUGCCCCAUCCAAGGUUGACAUUGAAAGGCCAGCAGCGGCCAGUAUUUGGACCCGGAGACUGAUCAUGACUCUUCUCUCCAACGGACUCAUGAUACUGCAUGUCGGUAUAUUUCCUGCUCUUCUAGCGAUAUUCCUUUCGACUCCCCGCUAUGAUCCAGCCGGUGGCUCCGCGGCAAUAAAUCCACCUCCAAAUGAUGCAAACCAGCAGUCUAACGCUGCCAACAGUGGUCUGUCUGUACCGCCCAACUACCAUCCGCAUGCACCGUUCACUUUCACCGGAGGCCUAUCCUUUAAGCCAAACAACAUUGCCUUUGCCCUUGCCAUUCGAGGCAUCAUAGGGCUCUUUCUACAGCUUCUUUUCUUCCCUUACUUGAAGAGAAUCUUUGGCCUUUUCCGGCUAUACAUGUGCUCUCUCCUGGUAUUUCCCGUGACUUAUUUUGCCGUCCCGUACUGGGCUACUGUUCCAUCAACCACGUCACCCCACUUACCAGCGUCAGGAACGCUAUUGUGGGUUUUUAUCGCAGUCACCUUAUCCCUUCAGACGACUGCUCGGUCCUUUGUCACGCCUGCCUCACGCAUGAUUCUCAAUGCAGCUAGUCCAGAUAAAUCCUCUCUUGGUACUGUCAAUGGUAUUGCGCAGAGUGUUGCGGCUGCUGCUACGAUCGUAGGGCCUUUGGUUACGGGCUGGACGUACGGCAUGGGGCUGGGGCUGGGUGUAGUAGGGGUUGCCUGGUGGACUAUGUCCGGCUUUGCUAUUAUGAAUGCCAUUGCCGGUGCGGCUCUUAUGUUAGAAAACAGGUACGGAGGGAAGCGCAAGGCUUGUAUACAGGCUGAGCCGUAG